AUGACGGCAUUAUGUCGAGCGAACGGCCGGCCUGGGCGCGGCCUGGAUGGAGGGAGUCGGGUGAGAAAGCACAGUUUCCGCAAAACCGCUUUCCGGGAAGCCCUGGGCCCGCGCGCGCUGGCCACCUCCGCCGCCGCCCGAGCGGGGCGCAGCUGGCCCUUUAAGGGCCGAGAGCGUGUGCGGCUGCCCGACGGCCAGGUGACCGAGGAGAGCCUGCAGGCGGACAGCGACGCGGACAGCAUCAGCCUGGAGCUGCGCAAGCCCGACGGCACCCUGGUCUCCUUCACCGCGGACUUCAAGAAGGAUGUGAAGAUCUUCCGGGCCCUGAUCCUGGGGGAGCUCGAAAAGGGCCAGCGCCAGUUCCAGGCCCUGUGCUUUGUCACCCGGCUGCACCACAGCGAGCUCAUCCCCAGCGAGGCCAUGGCCAAGCUCCGGCAGAAAAACCCCCGGGCUAUACGGCAGGCGGAAGAGGUGCUGGCCCUGGAGCAGCUGCACAUGGACAUGGCGGUCAACUUCAGCCAGGGGGCGCUGCUGAGCCACCACCUCCGCAACGUGUGUGCCGAGGCUGCAGACGCCAUCUACACCCGCCAAGAGGAUGUCCGGUUCUGGCUGGAGCACGGUGUGGACAGCUCUGUGUUUGAGCCUCUGCCCAAGCCCUUGGAUGUGGCCGAGCUGCCCCACUGCGGGCAGGCAGGGGCCCAAGGCAAGCCCUGCUCCUGCCGCUACAGCCUGAGCCUAGCCUGGUACCCCUGCAUGCUCAAGUACUGCCACAGCCGCGACAGGCCGGCGCCCUACAAGUGUGGCAUCCGCAGCUGCCAGAAGAGCUACAGCUUCGACUUCCACGUGCCCUACAGGCAGCUAUGCCUCUGGGAUGAGGAGCCCUAGCCAGCUGGGCGGUGGGGGAGCAGCCGGGCCCCAGGUGGCUGCUCGGAGCCCCCUGCUUCUCCUCCACAGGCUAGAAGGAACAGCAGCCCCCAGCUGAAGCCUUACUGCCCCUCCCGUGAUCCUCUCCCGCUCCCCAACUCCUGACGCCUCUGGCCCUGUCACUCACGAGUGUGAAAAGGGGUGUGACACGGCAGGGGUUCACUCAUGAAGGCUACCCUACUCCCACCCCUGUGCCUUCCUUGGGGGCAGAGAGGGAGGAAGGGGUUCCUCAAACGGCACCCCUCCCCUCCUUCAUCACCCCUAAAAAUGUUCACUUUCAAGCAACAAAAAUGUGAUGGCCUAUGCAGUUAUUUAACUCUUCAACGACUAGACCCUGAAAGGAGUCAGUGCCUGCAAUCCCCCCGUCCCCCCCCCCCCCCCACCCCACCCCCCGCCUCCAAGCAACUUAUGCUUCUGGAAGGAAAUGGGGGUCCUCUGUGGUUCUCUACUCCCCAAUGCCCCAGACCAUGCCUCCCGGAGGAGGCUGGCGGGGCAGAUGUCACAGCCUCUCGUGCAGAUUCAAAGCAUUCUUCUCAUUUCUGGCCUCUGAGGCCACCCUGGGCCGGGGGAGACCACCCACCACCCCACCCACCACCGAACCCCUCUGACCACAUGUGCCUUAUCCAGACGCGGACUUGCUGCCAGCGUCCGUGCCAGCCACCACCACCCCCGCCCCAAAACAGAAGUAUUUUUGUAGGGUUCUGGGGUGGGGAGGGAGCAUGAAGUACAAGUAAAACUUGAAUUCCAGAUUUUUAAUGCAAAGUAUUUAUCAUUUGUACCAGAAAUAAAAGUUUGCGUUUGUACGUG